AUGGCUCGUGGAUUGCCGUCGCUCCUGCUGCUGCUCCUUGUCACCGCCGCAUGGCGUACGUCGCAUGCCGAUGAAUACGGCUCGAGCCGAUUGAGCAGAGACUUUUACCGAGACUCAUGCCCGUACCUCACGUCGAUCGUUCGAGAUGUCGUUUUUGAAGAGUUUAUCAAAGACGAAACCCUCCCCGCGCCGCUUCUUCGCCUCCAUUUCCACGACUGCUUCGUUCAGGGUUGCGAUGGUUCUAUUCUGAUCAACUCGACGUCGGAGAAUCAGGCGGAGAAAGACGCGCCGCCCAACCUGACGCUCCACGCGUUCGACAUCAUCGACAAAAUCAAGGAGACCGUCGAGGCGGAGUGCCCCGGCGUCGUCAGCUGCGCCGACAUCGUCGCUCUCGCCGCUCGCGACGGCGUCGUUCUGGCUGGCGGCCCGUACAUCGAUACGCAGCUCGGUCGCCGCGAUUCGCGCUCCUCCAGGGCGUCUCGUGCGGUGGCGGCUAUGCCCGGUCACCGCAUGAAUGUGGACGAGCUUGUGAAAAACUUCGCCGCCGUAAACCUCACGCGCCUCGACCUCGUGACGCUCUCCGGCGCGCACACGAUCGGCGACGCGCACUGCGACACCGUCGAGCACCGUAUCGCGCCAAAUCAAGACUCCACGAUGGCGAACUCGCUGAGGGAGAAGCUCAAAGACAAGUGCAGGGCUCCCGACGUGGACUCCAGCAAAGAAGUGAACCUCGACUUCAAGACCAAAAACCGAUUCGACAACCAGUACUACAAGAACCUCCAGGAGAAGUUCGGGCUGCUGUCGAGCGACCAGGUGCUGGCGAUCGACGAGCGCACUCGCGACGUCGUGGACCGUUACGCAGCAGACCAGGAGGAUUUUUUUCGCGAGUUCCGCCACUCCAUGCUGCGCAUGGGGGCAAAUAACGCGGAGAAAGACGCGCCGCCCAAUCUGACGCUCCACGGAUACGACAUCAUCGACCGCAUCAAGGAGACCGUCGAGGCGCAAUGCCCGGGCGUCGUCAGCUGCGCCGACAUUGUCACGCUCGCCGCGCGCGACGGCGUCGUUCUGGCUGGCGGUCCGUUCUGGCCUGUGGACAUGGGUCGCCGCGAUUCGCGCACCUCCUCCGCGGCGCUUGCGUCGACGUCCAUGCCCGGUCACCGGAUGAACGUGAAUGAGCUUCUGAAAAACUUCGCCGUGGCGAACCUCACACUCGUGGACCUCGUCACGCUCGCCGGCGCGCACACGAUCGGCGACGCGAGCUGCGGCUCCGUCGCGCACCGAAUCGCGCCCAACAGCGACUCGUCGAUGGCUCCUCAGUUGCGGGACUACCUUGACGGCCAGUGCAAGGCUCCCAAUGUCGACGAGAAGAUUUUUGUUGACCUCGAUAGCUCCAGCAGCUCUACAUUCGACAAUCACAACCUUCAGCGGAAAUUCGGGCUGCUGUCGAGCGACCAGGUGCUGGCGAUCGACUCGCGCACUCGGCAGCUGGUGAACCGUUACGCUUCCGACAGGAGGGCAUUCUUCCGCCAGUUCAGCCACUCCAUGAUUCGCAUGGGCGAAGCGGGCGUGCUCACUGGCACGCAGGGGGAGAUUCGCCGCACCUGCAGCGCAGUCAACUAG